AUGGUGUAUGUGACACCCGUCGAUUACGCAAACGAAGCACGCCAGGAGCGCGACCGCCUCGUCGCCGAAGGCGUCGAUCCAGAUUCAAUCAUUCUGACGAGCGAGGUUGAGAACCACGUUCCACAACGAGAGGACCGUCAGUCAUCGGUCGACUUCGCUGCAAGCUGGGUUGAGACCCUACGAGCCAUGACCGGCCAGGGCAUCACCAUAUUAAAUGAUCAAUCGACUGCUGACGUCGUACCGGGUGGCUAUUUCACUCCAGACGGCAGGUACUUUGAUUUAGGGCCAGGCUCGGAGCAACCAAGGGGGAGUAUCGAGAGUUUGUCCAGUGGUGGGAGAGAGCUUCAGCAGCGAGCGAGCCAGAAGACGUGCCUUUGA